AUGGAGGUAGAGAACAACAAGGACUUCGCCGACUUCACCCCAAGCCGCCUGUUCAUCUACUACAACGAGCGCCUUGUUGAGGGCAGCGUGAACCAGGAUGCUGGGGCCAUGAUCCGCGACGGCAUCAAGACGAUGUCCAAGGUGGGCGUCUGCCCUGAGAGCGUCUGGAAGUACGACGACGGACCGACCUUCUUCAAGCAGGAGCCCAACCAGCAGGCCUACGAGAUCGCACAGAAGUGCAGGGUCAUGGGCUAUGCCCGCGUUGCACAGGACCUGAGCCAGAUGAAGAUGUGCAUCAAGAGCGGCUACCCGUUUGUCUUCGGCUUUGCCGUCCUGUCAAGCUUCCAGACAGCGGAGGUUGCCCGGACCGGCAAAAUGGUGAUGCCGCAGGCGAACGACCAGCAGCUGGGCGGCCACGCCGUGUGCGCCGUCGGCUACGACGACUUCCAGCAGUGCUUCAUCGUCCGCAACUCCUGGGGAGAGGCGUGGGGAGACAAGGGCUACUUCUACAUGCCCUACGAGUACAUCUGCCACCCCUCCCUCGCCUCCGACUUCUGGGCCAUCAACUGGGUGGAGGGCUUCAAGAAUGCUUCGGC